ACAGUAUGGCCGGCGAUAUUAGCUAGCGCUCGCCUACGGUAUUCUCUGUAAAAGGGAAGACGGUAAAAAAAAAACAAGGCAACUACAUCUGGACUGCUCAAGGACUGUAACUAAGCUAAUAAAUUAUAACAACCAACAAAGGACUAAUUAACUGGGAUUCCAUCCGACGGUUUAAUUUCUGUUGUUGGGGUCUGUUUGUGUCACGAUGGAAGAGAGCAGUGCACACUUCUUCGAGGGGACCGAGAAGCUCUUGGAGGUGUGGUUCUCCCGAGAAGACGAAAGCAAAGGACCCGGGGAUCUGCGCACUAUCCCUAGAUUUGAGUGGGACAAACUUCUGGAGAAUGUGCAUUGUUUGAUUAUAAGUGUGACAAAGACUGACAAGCAGGAAGCUUAUAUACUCAGUGAGAGUAGCAUGUUUGUCUCCAAGAGACGUUUCAUUUUGAAGACAUGCGGAAGCACCCUCUUACUGCAGGCACUGGUGCCACUGCUGGAGCUGGCUCGUGAGUACUGCGGCUUUGAUGCCAUCGAGAAUUUCUUCUAUUCUCGUAAAAAUUUUAUGAAGCCCACCCAUCAAGAGUUCCCUCACCGCAACUUCCAGGAGGAAGUCGAGUUCCUCAGCCAGAUUUUUCCAAAUGGAGCAGCCUACUGUAUGGGACGUCUGAACUCAGACUGCUGGUAUCUGUUUACGCUGGAGCUGCCGGAGUUCUGGGAGAACAAGCAGGCGGACCAGACACUAGAAGUUCUGAUGAGUGACCUCGACCCGGCUGUGAUGGACCAGUUCUUCAUGAAAGACGGUGUUUCUGCUAAUGAUGUCACUCGUAUGAGUGGAAUUCGUGACCUGAUUCCAGGUUCAGUGAUUGAUGCCACAAUGUUCAACCCUUGUGGAUACUCCAUGAAUGGAAUGAAAACGGAUGGAACUUACUGGACGAUUCACAUCACCCCCGAACCAGAGUUCUCCUAUGUCAGCUUUGAAACCAACCUCUCCCAGACGUCUUAUGACGAGCUUAUCCGCAAAGUCGUGGAUGUCUUCAAACCAGGGAAAUUUGUGACAACGCUUUUCGUCAAUCAGAUCUCCAAAUGUCGCAGCGUUUUCUCUUCGGCUCAGAAGCUGGAGGGAUACCGCGUCCUGGACCGCCAGUCGGCACACUUCAACGACUACAACUUCGUCUUCACCAGUUACACCAAGAAUCGCCAGCAGAAGCAGAGCUGAACCUCCGAAAUGAAGAAGCGUAAAAAGAAACCGUGUGGCUGGCGGCGUUUGUGCGUGGAGUCUUCUGGCUGUAGAUCUUCCCCGAGUUUAACGUUUAUGCAUACUUGUACCUGUGACGUAGAUAUCGUGCAUGAAAGCUCUUCUCGUGUCUCUGUAGAUAUUCUAGCCCAUUCUUGCUGUGAUCUUGAAGUGCAUGUAGGGUUCUUGAACAUGGCGGUGGUGGUGUGUGUGAGGCAUGUCACACCAUCAUCCCAGUACAUGCAAUGCUCCCUUCCCUUCCUGCAAGUGUCCCCUCGCAUCUCCCACAGACAGGGUUUCCGACCUCACUAGACAAGGACCCUGACACGCUCAGAUCCGACGCGAGCUCAUCAGUGUGCGAAGAGGUUGGUUGACUUGCAUUUCAUUUCUUUUAACACACAUGGCGUUGGUCAUUUUUCGGCGCUCAGCAUGUGUUCAGCUCAACUGUGUGUAGCUAGCUAACUACUCUGACAGUGUGUGAAGAAGUCCUGAAAACAAACUUAAAAUAUUCCUCGUCCAUCUUUUAGCCCUGCAGGCAGCUGUGUUUAUUCGGUGUGCUAGAGAAGUGAGCGUUGAGUUGAAGUUGAGGAACUUCGAUGUCGACAGCCUGCGCUUCUUUUAGGGGCUGUUUUGGAAAACCGUGCUGGUUUCAAUAAUACAGAGAAGUGAAUGUUACUUAACUGUUGCCUUAAGUGUCAACAACAUAUACUCUGCCAUAUAUAACCAUUAUGGUGAAAGUCAGCCGUUGUCUUCCUUUCCUCAAAAUCAAAUGGCAUUUAACAUGAAUGUAUUAAAAGUAAAAACAUUAGUUCGUUGAAACGUGACAAUAUGAUCUAUAAAGAAUGGAUUUUUCUGAAUAAUGUAGCGAGUGCAGAAGAAGCCAUUGAAGAGGGAAUGGUGAAGGACCCUGGGGCUGUCCAGCGCAGAGCCUGCUUAAUGCACGCCUUUGAAUUGAAACGUUUGGACAGACACUUUGCUUUAGUGUGCCGAUCGCACAGCAAAGCAUUUUUUUCUUUUUCUAAACAAAAUGAGUCCUCUCUCUUUUUUUCUACAGUAAGCACACAAUAGGCGCGCACUGAUCUGAGCAUGUCAGGGCUGACCCGGAUCAUUCCACACCCCACGCCUGCAUAAAGUGCAGUUUUAUUAAUUCCCUUUUUUUGCAGUAGAUUUGUACACCUCUCCAGAUCAUGCUCUCUUUGUGCAUUGAGAAAAAAAAUGUAAAAAAAAUUUCACGUGUGCUAUUGCAUGCGACUAGCGUACAAGCAGGAUGUUUCCGCUUCAGCCCUUUGUAACACUUUUAAUUUCUGUUCGUACGACGUAACAAACUUUGCUCAUAGGUCCUGAGUGUGAUGAGCGGUGGGU